GCCGGGAGGAGGCACCCACCGCCGCCGGCACCUCCUCCCGGCCGCGCGGCGGAGGAGGCCGCGGCCUGGGCGAGGGGCCGGGGGAGCGGGCGCGGCGGGAAAUGGUGGCCGGGCCGGGCUGAGGGGGCCGGGACAGGCGCCAUGAGGCUGCUGCGCGCCCUGCGGCGCUGCGCCGCCCCGGGCAGCAUCCCGCAGCAGGUGGACUUCUACUCGCGCUUCUCCCCCUCGCCGCUCUCCAUGAAGCAGUUCCUGGACUUCGGAUCUGAAAAUGCUUGUGAAAAGACUUCAUUUAUGUUUCUGAGACAAGAGUUGCCUGUAAGACUGGCAAACAUAAUGAAGGAAAUAAGCCUGCUUCCAGACAACCUUCUGAGAACACCUUCAGUUCAGCUGGUGCAGAUCUGGUAUGUCCAAAGUCUUCAGGAGAUCCUUGACUUUAAGGAUAAAAGUUCGGAAGAUUCAGGGGCUAUUCAUAGUUUUACAGAUACUGUGAUAAAAAUCCGGAAUCGACACAAUGAUGUAAUUCCUACUAUGGCUCAAGGAGUAAUAGAGUACAAGGAAAGCUUUGGCAUUGAUCCAGUGACCUCACAGAAUGUGCAGUAUUUUUUAGACCGUUUCUACAUGAGUCGCAUUUCAAUUAGAAUGCUCCUUAAUCAACACUCUUUACUGUUUGGUGGGAAAAUUAAUCCGGCUCAUCCAAAGCAUAUCGGAAGCAUCGAUCCUAGCUGCAAUGUUGUUGAAGUUAUCAGAGAUGGCUAUGAAAGUGCCAAGAGACUUUGUGAUUUAUAUUAUAUGAGCUCUCCAGAACUCGUCCUUGAAGAAUUGAAUGCUAAAUCACCAGGACAGCCCAUGCAAGUGGUGUAUGUACCAUCACAUCUCUAUCACAUGUUUUUCGAACUUUUCAAGAAUGCAAUGAGAGCCACCAUGGAACAUAAUGCCGAUCGAUGCAUUUAUCCUCCAAUUCAUGUACAUGUCACGUUGGGAAAUGAGGAUUUAACUGUUAAGAUGAGCGAUCGUGGUGGAGGUGUUCCUAUGAGGAAAAUUGACAGACUGUUCAACUAUAUGUAUUCAACAGCACCACGUCCACGUGUUGAGACAUCCCGAGCUACACCUUUGGCUGGAUUUGGUUAUGGCUUGCCCAUAUCACGUCUGUAUGCACAAUACUUCCAAGGAGACCUGAAACUGUAUUCCUUAGAAGGUUACGGUACAGAUGCAGUUAUUUACAUAAAGGCCUUAUCAACAGAAUCAAUUGAAAGACUCCCUGUAUAUAACAAAGCAGCCUGGAAACAUUACAAAGCAAACCACGAAGCAGAUGACUGGUGCGUGCCAAGCAGCGAGCCAAAGGACAUGACCACUUUUCGCAGUAUAUAGCUGUUGGUCCAACAGUUGAUAAGACGUAGGUAUAUCACAUAAAGGGAAUUUAAAAGACCCUGAUCUAUGCCAAGAUGCUGGGCCACAUUUCAUAUGUGAAAAUAAUUUUAAGUGGAAUAACGAAGUUUAAUUCAAUUACUCUUUUUUGGAAGUUAAGGAAAAGAAAUGAGCUGUUGUUACUUUCUAAGUAAGAAGGUCACAUUUAAUUUGUUCCAUCUUCUGAUUAUGACUACUUUCUGUAGUUAAAUCAAGGGAGCAGUAAUUUCAGGUUUUAUAGGGAUCAGUGCAACCUAUUUCAUAUCUACUGAGAAAUGUAUUAAUUCAUAUAAUUAAAAAAAUGUUUUAAUACAAGAACUAUUGAAAAAGCUUGCCAGAGAAUUUUUCCUUUACACAGUGUUACAGAUUAAUGAAACACUGAUGUAAGAAACAUUAAGGAGUUCAUUGCUAUACCUUUGAGCCUGUAUGGAACUUUCUGUUUUUUGAUCUUAUAAGCAUGCUGAAGCCUAAUGUUGCAAAGCUAGGAAUGUUGCCUACACACUAUACAUCAAAUUUUUUGUUUUACAGCUGUAGAGAUCACACUUAGGUCUUUAGGAAUAAUGAAAAAAAAAAUCAGUUCUAGCUGCUGCCACUGGUAUAAUGUAUCUCAGGUAUGUGGUAUCAGUCAUAUUUCUUUAGUGGUAAUGUGAAUAUUUAAUAUGUGAUAAACUUACCUUUCCAUGAGCAUUGUGAAUUAGCAAGCAGUGUUGGCUUAUGUACAGUAAAGGUAUACUGUCUUACAUUUGCUUGUAUUUCCGUAGGUAAUACCAAAACUGCAUCAGUGUUCUAGCCCUAGUGAGAUCUCAGACUCUGGGGUAUGUCAGGUUACAGUUGUAAAUGAAAAAUAUUUUUAAUAAACAAACAUUUUUAAAACUUACCUUUACUAGGGCAUCUCUCACUUUGACAAUAUAAACUACCUUCUCAAAAGUAUUUUAAGUGUGGAAUUAACAGUUUUUGAAAAUA